AUGGCUGCUGCUUUCAUACCAGAUAGCCUAUGGCAACAAGUGCGCCAAGUGCCAUCGCUGACAUUGCGAAACAUCACCGCCGGUAUCUUCGUGCUCAUCCUGCUUCACGUCUUCUUCAAGGUCGUCUACAAUCUCUACCUCAGCCCUCUGGCUGGUUAUCCGGGCCCGAAGCUCUGGGCUACCUCUCGUCUACCAUGGAAUCGCGCGAACAUGAAGGGUCGGAUCAGCUGGAAGAUUCGCGAGCUUCACGACAAAUACGGCCCUGUUGUGCGCAUCGCUCCUGACGAGCUCUCUUAUACGACUUCGGGAGCGUGGAAGAAGAUAUAUGGACAACGAAACCCUGAGUUCGUGAAGGCUCUUGACGGUAGAGGUAUCGCGCCUGCGAGUAUAGGUGGCCAACGUAGCUUGAUGACUGAGCAUCAAGAUCGACACUUGAGGUUGAGAAGAGCUAUCGAUCCGGCUUUUAGUCAGAGGGCGCUCCGCGAACAAGAGAGCUACUUCCAAGACCACUCGGAUAACCUCGUCCAGAAGCUGAAGGAACGAAGCAAAGACGGCGCCGUCGACAUGACUACAUGGUACAACCUCGUCGCAUUCGAUAUCGUAUCCGACCUGGCUUUCGGCGAACCAUCAGGCUGCGUCAACAACCCUGAGCAACCAUGGAUCAAAGCUAUCCUCGCUCGCGCAAAGGCUAUCGUUUGGUUCCAGCUUGCCGUGCAGUACGGUUUCAUGGGUCUACUCAACUGGAUGACGCCCAAAUACGUCACCGAGUCGAGGAAGAAGCACAUCGCGAUGACAGAAGCCAAGUUGAAGGCGCGUGUCGAAGCCAAGAACCCUGGGAAGGAUUUCAUGUCUUACAUCCUCGAAAACGACGAGAAGCUCAAUCACCUUGAACUGGUCAUGCUCUCCUCCAACUUCAUCGUAGCCGGCAGUGGCACAUCGGCAGGCGGUAUGUCCGGCCUGACAUACCUUCUCCUGCGCAACCCAGAUAAACUCGAGAAGCUCAAGCAAGAGAUACGUGGCCUGUUCAAAAGUCGCGCAGACAUGACUCUUCAAGCAGUUACAAGCUGCAAGUACCUGCGCGCUUGCCUCAACGAGGGCAUGCGUCUCUACCCACCAACUCCAGGCUCACUGCCACGCUUCGUUCCUGGAAAGGGCGAAAUGAUCGAGGGCAAAUGGGUUCCGGGUGGUUAUGCUGUUGCCGUUAAUCAGCUGGCAGCCGGACACUCUGAGCGUAACUUCAAGAAGGCUCGUGAGUUCCAUCCGGAACGCUGGCUAGAUGACGCACCCGAAGAGUUCAAGGAUGAUGACCGAUCUGCUGUCCAGCCGUUUUCGUACGGUCAGAGGGCUUGUAUCGGACGAUCUAUGGCUUAUGCCGAGAUGUCACUUACGAUGGCGAAAUUGGUACGGUUCUUUGACUGGGAACUUUAUGAUCCUGGUAACGACUGGUGGAACAAGCAGGCUUCGAAUGCAGAAGCACCGACACCAAAGAUGCAAACACACCUCCUCAUCAUAGGAGUCAGCUUAAUUCUCUUCGUUCACUUAACCAACGCGCUCAUCAUCAAGCCCCUCCGCAACUACCUCAAAAGCCGCAAUCUAGGAUGCGGUCCCGUCCCCGUGGAGCCCUACAACCUCCCCUUCGGCAUCGACACCAUCCGCCGCAGUCUCCUCGCCGACCGCGAGCAACGCACCCCCGAUUUCAUCUUCUCGCGUUUCAUGGCCAUGAACCGGUACACAUGGGCCAUAUCCCUGCUCGGCACCACCAACCUCAUCACCGCCGAGCCACGCAACAUCCAAGCCCUACUCGCCACGCAAUUCGACGACUUCAUCAUGGGUACAGCGCGGCGUACGAAUUUGAAGAGGGCGCUCGGGCGCAGUAUCUUUGCUGUUGAUGGGGUGGCUUGGCAUAGGGCGAGGGAGACCAUGCGGCCGCUGUUUAGUAGGGAGAAUGUGAGUCGGCUGGAGGUGUUGGAGGGGCAUGUGGGGAGUUUGUUACGAGUUAUUGAGGGGAAAGAGGGGGGGUUGAGGGUUGAUGAGGAGGGCAGGGCGUGGUCUGCGCCCGUCAGUUUAGCGGCCCUGUUACCGAAGCUGACGAUGGAUUCGGCGACGGAGUUCUUUUUGGGGAUGAGUACGGGAUCGCUUGAUGCGUUGAUCGAGGAAGACCAAAAAGAGAAGGGUAGUAGUACCGAGCAGCACGAUGAAGACAGCUUCGACCACGCAUUCGAGCGCAUGCUUUCCAUCCUCGGAACCAGAAUGCGCCUCCGAAGCUUCUACUGGCUCUACGGCAACACCGAACUAAACAAAUGCAUAAACACUCUCCACGCGUUUGUCGACCGCGCCAUCGACGCCGCAGAUCAAGCGAGACAACAGGGUUCCUCGUCUCUCCGCUACGACUUCCUCGAAACACUACGAUCGCGCUGUUCCGACCGCGCUGAAGUCCGCGAGCAAGUUCUCGGUCUGCUAGCCGCAGGUCGAGACACGACAGCAUCACUCACAUCAUGGGUUUUCUACUGCUUAGUGCGGAAUCCACGCGUAUACAACAAGCUACGUGAAACCGUUCUCGCGGAAUUUGGGUCUUACUCGAGUACAAUCGUUGGCCAGAGUAUCACGUUCGAGAAACUCAAGAGCUGUUCUUAUCUACAGCAUGUUCUGAACGAAACGCUACGAUUACAUUCAGUGGUACCGUUCAACUCCCGCUGCGCCACCCGCGACACCACCCUUCCCACCGGCGGUGGCCCCUCAGGUACCCUCCCCAUCUUCGUUCCCGCCGGCACAGAAGUAAACUUCAGCACGCACGUCCUGCAACGCCGGAAAGACCUCUGGGGCGAAGACGCCGAUGAAUUCGUACCCGAACGUUGGGAGAAGAGGAGACCGGGAUCAACGUGGCAGUACGUCCCGUUCAAUGGGGGGCCGCGCAUUUGUAUUGGGCAGCAAUUUGCUCUUACGGAGGCGGGGUAUGUGAUUGUGAGAAUGAUGCAGAGGUAUGAUGUUAUUGAAGGACUGGACGUGGAUUUGGAGAGGGAUUGGCAUAAUUUUACCGUGGUGUGCAGUCCGGGGAGUCCUUUGGAGAGGGAGAAGGCGGUUUUGUGUAGAUUGAGGGUUGCUGUUGAGUAG